AUGCCUGCUCGCUCAGAACUUACUCCAGCCCUUCGUGAAAGGAUCUGUGAGCUACACUCUGCGGUUCAUUGGGGGUAUAGGCGGAUACACCAGAGAUAUCCGUGGAUUUCUAUCUCAACAAUUCGCUAUACGAUCAAGAAAGAACAUGAAAGACGUGAUGGCGUUUCGAAACCGCGUUCUGGUCGACCUAAAAAGCUGAAUACUACUGAUAAAGUACGUCUUCUUGAUGUCAUUUCGGAGAAUCCGCGGGUUACCCACGAAGAUCUGCUUACUGAGGUCUCUCAUAAAGUCAAAAUCGACUCGAUAAGACGCCUCUUGAAUGCUGAGAACCUCCGAAAAUGGAGGUGUAGCUGGCGUCUAGGCCUUGACAAGUCCCGCAGCACCAAGGCAAUUUUGGUGCUGCGAUAUGGUGCUGCGAGGUGCUGCGGGACUAAGCCAAUUUUGGUGCUGUUGUAUGGUGCUGCGGUACCAAGUGCUGCAGCACUGUCGCAGCACCAGUUUUAG